CUCACAUACUGGUAGAAAGCAGCAGGCAGGCUGGCGUUCAGGGCUCGUCCACUUUAAGGUUCUGUCCAGUGUUUAAAAGAGGCUGAGGUAGACCCUGGGGAACAUGAUUCUGUGUGUGAGCUGCCAACAGAAUUUGUAGAAACUGUUAGACCAAGGCCCCAGGGGUCUUCACCAGUAUAUGACUAUUCAUUAGCAGAAGAAUACAAGGGAAAGAGGGUGCUGGGGGAGAUACCACAUGAGGAAUUUGGUGACAUCACAGACCAGAAAAAAGAUUUAGAAAUUUUGUCAAAGAAACAAUUAUCUGCAAACAUGAGUCACAAAAUGGAAGAAAAGGAAAAGGAUAUUGUAGAAGUGUUUGUGAACACAGAGGCUGAAGUAGGUGCAACUGGUUUCAGUGUUAAAAGGGGAGAAAAAGAGGGCAUAUUUAUCAAACAUGUUCUGAAGGAGUCUCCUGCAGCAAAACAGCUAAGAAUGAGAGAAGGUGACCAACUUAUCAGUGCUACAAUUUAUUUUGAUAAUGUCAAAUAUGAGGACGCACUCAAGAUUUUGCAGUACUCAGAACCAUACAAAAUGAAAUACUGCCUGAAACGAACAAUAUAUGACACAAUAGGAUCAGAGGCAGUUGAAGUAAAAGGAAGUAAACCUAUUGUGGGAGCAGAAGAAGAGUUUUUUUCAACACUUUAUGGAAAUAAAACAAAAAUAACAAGAGAUGGUUCUGAAGAAAUGAGCACGCCAGCAGAAGCACAACUGCAAGAAGCAACACAGAAGGGACGGACAAAGGCGGCAGAGGUGCCUGAUGUAACAUUUUCUUGCCCCAAGUUUCCAGCUUUCAAAAAAACAAAGACAUACAGACUGGACAGAUCACACAGCCUAUCAGAAACAGAAGAACGUGAACAACACGAUGUUACUGCAACAAGCACAGAUAUAGAGUCCCAUUUAAAAACAGCAGAAACUGCUGAAAAAGCAAAAAAACGUAGAAGAAAAAUAAAACUUCCACAUAUUGGUGCAGGAGGAAUAAAAAUGGGGAAAACAGAAGACUCUGAGCAGGAAAGACGAGAACCUGUAUCAGGCAGCAAGGAGUUGUCUGCUUUGAAAUAUGAGAAGUUCACAAUCCAUGCAGACAGUAUAGCACAAAACACAAAUGGCACCGCAACAACAGCAAUAAAGCAAUCUGAUCGAAAGCUGGAGAAUCAAAGCAAUGCAAUGGAAUCAGACAAUAUUAACAGAGAAUCCAAACUGAAAAUGCCAAAACUGAAAAUAGCAAAAUUUAUCCUUUCAGAACCAAUUGAGCCCACAACUGAUGUUGGAACAAAGUUACCAGAUGAACAAAGUCAUUUGCAAACAUCAGAUACAAACAUGGAACAGCACAAAAUUCAAAUUGAUGAUUCAAAAAGAGACAAUAACACACUAUCAGCUAUUCUGACCACUGCUUCAGAAAGUAACUUGAAAACGGCCAGUGGAAUAACCAAAGCUAAGUCACAAAUAGAGGAGGAAUACGCUGAAGUAACCGGCCAACAAACACAACAGGUUGUCUCACAGAAACAACCGAGUAGCAUACAUGUAAAAGCUGAUGUUACAUUGCCACAACAUGAGGAGCAAGAAACAAGUGUCAGCAAGCAGGUUGCUGACAAAUCAUUUCCAAAAUCUGGAAAAGAAACAAAGAAAUCCAAGACUGAUAAGCAAAUAAAAAGCAAAAAGACCAAAAAGAAGGAAGCCAGGGGUAAGGCUUCUGAAAAAGAAACGAAGUCUUCAACACUUGCAAUAGGUGUUAGCUUAACGAAGAUUGAUGCCAAAGAUUCAAAAACAGACAGAGAUAACACAGACCGAGCAGUAAAGACGCUACCAGCAAGGUUGCUGGGUAAUCUCACAACAAGGCACACUGAGCCAGCAGAGGUUGAUUCAAUCACGGAGAUCAGCAAGAGGGAGCAACGGAUUGAAAUUUCAGGCAAAAAAUAUCAAACACAUGAGAGGGAACAAGACUGGGAUUCUUAUCAAACAAAAAGUGAGGAAAACAUGGAAAUUCCAAGGAUGCAGAUAAAAGGAGGACAGAAAAUAGAGAAGUCAAAAACACAAGGACAGGCACUUGUCUCAUCCAAACCUGACAAAGAACAUGUUAAAAUGAACGAUGAUGUUAACCUCCCCAAAGUCGAUGUCUCACAAACAAAAGCUGAUACAUAUGUGAAGGCAGCAAGUAUAGAUGUCACCACAAGCAAGAUGGAAGGUAACCUUAGUCUUGGUGAAAUUGACAUCAAAGGUCCUGAUGUCGGUCUAAGAAUACCUGAGGUGGAAAAACCAGAAGUCGAUACUGAAAUGCCAAAAGUGAUGGAUGUCGAUGUGUCCAUGCCCAAAACUGAUAUUGAUGUUUCAGAUCUGGGAAUGUCAGUGGACAUCAAAGCGCCAUCAACGGCCAUCCAAAUUCCAACAGUUGAUAUGGAUUUAGACUCAGCAGAUCAGAAGGUUAAAGGUGAUGGAGGAAAGUUCAAAAUGCCAUCCGUGAAAAUGCCAUCAUUUGGGAUUUAUCUUCCAAAAUUCAAAGGACCUGAAGUUGAUGUGAGCAAGCCAGAUAUUGAUAUUUCUGUUGAAAAACCAGAGGUAGAUAUGAAAGAUGCAAAAAUGGACAUAAGUACUCCAAAAUUUGAAGCUGAUUUGCAGGCACUGGACGUUGACAUUGAAGAAAAAGGUAGAAAAAUAGAACUGCCAAAGUACAAAGCUCCAAAAUUUGGAUUUUCUACUCCCGAUAUACACGCUCCAAAAAUGGGCCAGGAUGUUAAUCUUCCCAAAGUCGAUGUCUCACAAUCAAAAGCUGACAUGGAUGCCAAAGUACCGAGUGUAGAUGUCAAAACAGGCAAGUUGGAAGGUGAUCUUAGUCUUGGGAAGAUUGACAUCAAAGGUCCUGAUUUUGAAUUAAAAAUGCCUGAAGUCGAAAAACCACAAUUUGACAUCGAAAUGCGAAAGUCGAAAGGGAAGGUAGAUGUUGAUGUGUCUAUCCCAAAAACUGAUAUCGAAGUUUCAGCUCCGAAAAUGUCAGUGGGCCUUAAAGCUCCAUCAACCGAAGUGGAUCUGCCAACAGUAGAUGUGGGUUUGGAAUCAGGAGAUAUGAAGAUGAAAAGUGAUGGAGGAAAGUUCAAACUGCCAUCCGUGAAAAUGCCAUCAUUUGGGAUUUCUCUUCCAAAAUUCAAAGGACCUGAAAUUGACGUGAGUGCGAGCAAGCCAGAUGUCGAUAUUUCAGUUGAAAACCCAGAGAUACAUCUGAAAGGCCCUAAAGUUGAUGUAAGUGCUACAGAACUUGAAGCUGAUCUGCCAGGACCAGUUGUUGACAUUGAAGGAAAAGUGGGAAAAAUAAAAUUUCCAACUUUCAAACUUCCAAAACUUGGAUUUUCAGCUUCUGAUAAAAAUGCUCCAAUGAAGGACUUCAAUGUACAUCUCCCCAAGGUUGAUGUCUCACUGCCAAAAGCUGAUUUGGAUGUCAAAUUAGCAAGUGCAGAUGUACUUCCAGAAAAUGCGGUAGAUAGAAUUAAUGUUGCGGGCAUUGACAUGCAAUGUCCUAAUGUCACUCUAAAAAUGCCUGAAAAGAAGAAACCUACAAUUGACAAUGAAGUUCCAAAAGCGAAAGGUGAUUUAGAUGUGAAUGUGUCUAUGCCUAAGCCUGAACUUGGUGUUUCCACUCCGGGAAUGUCAGUGGACAUUAAAGCUCCAUCAACUGAUGUGGAUCUCCCAACAGUUGAUGUUCAUUUAGACUCAGCAGAUCUGAAGAUGAAAGAUGAUGGUGCAAAGUUGGAAAUGCCACCCAUGAAAUUGCCUUCUUUCGGUGUUUCUGUUCCCAAGUUGAAAGGUCCUGAAGUUGAUAUGAGUGUGAGUCAGCCAGACGUCGAUAUUUCAGCUGAAAAACCACCGAUCGAUAGUAGAGGACUGAAAAUUGACUUGAUUGCUCCAGAAUGUGAAGGUAGAAUAGAGGCAGGUGAUAUUACCAUUGCAGGGAAAGGAGAAAAGUUUAAUAUACCAAAAUUUAAAGCAACCAAGUUUGGAGUUUUAACGCCUGAGAUGAAACCUCUUAAAACGAAUGUUGAUAUCAAUGUCUCUCCAGUUGACAUCUCACGUUCAAAAACUGCUCUUGUUGAGAAUGAACGAAAUAUAGAUGUGAAAGCAGGAACAGUAGAAGUUCAUAACAAUGUUGCAGCUUUUGAUUUCAAACAGGUUGAUGCCCAUCUAAAAAUGCCUGGGAUACAAAGUUCACAAAUCAGUAUUGGUGAUCCAAAAACAAAAGGGAAAAUUGAUGCUGAAACAUUGAUGCCAAAGACUCAACUUGAUGUUUCAGCUCCUGAAAUGUCAGUGGACAUUAAAGCUCCAGCAUUAUUUUCAGUUUCAUUUUCUAAGUUUAAAUUUCCAGAUGUCGACUUUAGGACAGAAACAACAGGGAAUGAUGAUCCUGAUUUUUCCAAGGCUGUGACGAAAGAAUCAGGUCAAUCACUUCAAGGAAAGUCUUGCGAGCAUUCGGAUAAAACAGCCCCUGAACUCAAAGGUCAAAAGGAUGCUGGAUUGACAGCAACAGAGGAAAGUUCUCCAUCAAAGGGGAGGACAAGUUGGUUUAAAUUUCCAAAAAUUAACUUUUCAUCGCCAUGGAAAAAAGAAAAAGCUGCUGAUGGUGAAAAACAAACUGCACAUGAAAUUCCAACUUCUAGCACAGAACCAAUUAAACCUAGUGUAAAAGUGGCUGACGUAAAAUCUGAUGGCCAUGACUUUUUACCUGGUGGGUCUUCAGAUGAAGUAUCGCCAUCAACCAUUCCUACAUCAAAGGAAGUAACGGUUGAAGAUACUGAAAAUAGAACUACUGAUGAUGGUACAACUCAAAUAGUAACAAUGAAAUCUAAAGACCCUGGUACUGUAGUAGGAGGCACAUAUGUGAUAACACCCAGUCAAGUAGUGACAUCAACUGCAAGAACUGAGCUCGCCUUGCUGGAAUCAGGUGAUUUCAGGAUAAAUGUCCAAUCAUCCAAAACAAGUAAAUCUGAAUCUUCUCAUCAAGGCCAAGUUCCAACCUGUGAAACUUCGUCUGAGUCUCAUCAAAUUGUUCUGACUGGAACCAAAAUUACAAAAGCAAAUGAUAAACAAGAAAGCACCAAAAAAUCAGGAAUCCCUCAAAGUUCUAACUUACCAAUAUCUCCACCACCUGAAGGUAUAACACGUACACAUCUGACAGAACAUUCCACAGUGGUUACUAAAGAAACUCUCAUGCAAGAACAAGCUGCCAGUGGGAUAGCCGAACCAGCAAAGUCUACAAAAGAACUGUCUGAAUCCCACCUACCAAAAUCAGAAUACACUGUAUCUGCCAAAGGGCACGCCCUUACUAAGAAAUAUACAAGAACAGAAGGAACUGUGGUUGUCUUAACUGACAGUUCCAUAUUACAAGGAGAUAUUGCUCCUGGAGCAACAGUUACUGAUGAUACGUCCACUGUUUUUGAAACAAUGAAAGAAAUGAUUCAGAAUGAACAAAAACAGUUCUCUGAAAAAUCUCAACUUUCAUCUGUUUCCAUCCCUAUAAGUGAAUCUGAGACAAAAGAAAUUAAGAAGACAGAAACUAAGGAAUAAACAUGCAUUGACAGCUUUGUUUAUAAUUGUGAUAUGAUGCUUUUACACAGUAGUUAUCUUUGCUGUUUCCUGUAUUUAUCUAAAUAUCAACUUGAUUAUUGUGUGCAAGAGAGGUGUUUUAUAGAGCAAUAAGGAUAUUUCAUAUUGCACUACAUAUUAAAGAUCACAAUUUUGAAUUAUGAUGGCACUUGCUUCAAUAAUAACAAAUUCAGAAUUAGAAAUAAACUACUUCAGUAAAUUAUAAAAUAUUUGCAUAUUUUUGUGUAUAGGCUGCUUAAAAGUUACUUUUGAUCCAAAUAUAAUGGGGACAAAUAUUUAUGCCUUUAAAUCGCUAUUCAGUGGCACACACCUUAUCUACGUUUUCAGUUAAGUGUAGCAAUUUUUUGUCUGUGCAUAACUUGAACCUUUCUGAAUAAUCAAUUGCCUGGUUAGUGUCAUUAAUAUCUAAAUGUUAAUUAGAGUUACAAUCUCAGUAUGAUUUGUACAUUCAAGUUGUUAGAGGUAACUAAAACAAGGAUAAAGAAUAAAUAUGAAGGCAUUAAGAUUUUAUCAGAAAUAGAAUCUUAAGUGUCUACAAUCCACCUCCAAUGAAAAACACUUUUUACAUCAAUUAUCUGCAAGUUCUAAACAGAUAACACUUAAGAAAUACGACAUACUGACCUAAGUAGUAUAGGACAUACUAUGAUAAAUGAUUCUCAUACUCAUCAAACUAAGUGAUAAUAAUGGUUAGGAAUGGAAUAUUUUCCAUCUAAAGCAUCCAAUAUUUUCCAUCUAAAGCAUCAAACAUUCUCAGCUGUGGAGACAUUUUCUCCACUCAGUUCACCUCAGCAUGUAAAAGCAUACAUCACAGUGCACCAGUAAUGUAUUUUUGAUUUCUCUUGUUAUUUAUCAUUGGGCCUAUCUACAUGACAUUUUCAAUUACUGUCAAUUUAGGAAUAAUUUCCCACUUUUGCCCCAAGACCAUUAGAAUUCAUUUCACACAGAAUCUUUAUAACCAGAAGGUAGAGAACACUUGUAUCAUAUCAGUCUUGAAUCCAGGUCUUAGACGGGGCUUAAUCCACUGCACUGCUCAAUUUAUAUAACAAUAUUUCUAUAACAAUUAUAAUAGACUUUAUGUCACUGAUCUAGCACUUGUUACAUUUGAUAUCACAAAACACAUUUAAAGCCCGUGUGAAAAACAAAUAAUAAAAAUGUCAUAAAUUAAUAUUCAUCACUCAAGUAUUUAAUUUCAAAAUGGCAGUGAAGCUCAGUAGACAGAAUUCUAAUUUGCUCUUCUCCUGGAAAUUGUAAAAAAUGUGUCCAAAUAUGUGUGAAUAAUGUUGUUGUAAAUAUGAUUAACUGAAAUUUGUAUCCUGGUAGCUUCUGUUGAUUUAUGCCACAAUUACUGUGGAAUAUUGAUUUUGCUUUGCUAAGUUUUCUUACAAUUGCUAACUUUGUGUAUGUAUCAUCAAUAAAAUACCUGU